AUGCAGUCCUACAAAGGCUCCUUGCCUUGCAAGGUACGGGAGGCGAUCAAGGCUAUACCUAAGCCUGAACGCAUCAGGAAAGUCGUGUGCAUUGGUCUAGGCAGCUUUGCGCUUCCAUCCACUGGAACGCUUGGACCAUCUCCGGAAAACAGGAGAGACGAGCGUCCGAUACCCGGCCCUAAAGACGCACCAGCUCUAAACCCUGGUGGACUUAUCCAGCAUGUUCUCGCAAUCUCCACCGUCAAGCAACUAUACGAGUUGACAGGCAAGACUCCCCAGCUUUACGCCGCUGAUCCAGGUUACACCCAACCCCACAAAGAGGCCCUUGAGAACCUAUCAAAUGUCAAGUUCAAGAUUCUUGACCCCAGCUAUGGUUUUCACGAGCAAUUCGUUGAGAUAGACGACUCCACGAUGGUCAUAUCUAUCCUCCCACAGUCACCAGUUGAGUUGCUUGUGAGCGAAUAUGCUCGACCGGUGGCCAUGAUUCGGACAAAUGGCUGGACGCGUGGACCGCCGUUUAGCGAAAAAAAGGAUCCAGACGAGGAUAUGUACUGGUACGAGGCGGAAGUUGGGGAGCCUGACGGACAGACUAUGAAAACUCCUGGUUGUCGGUGGUUGGAUAUGCCUCGAAGAGUUCAUGCCAUGAUCAGCACAGACUACAAGCUAUGUGAGAAGUUUCCUGUUGAAGCACCCGCCAAUGACAACGGGGACGGAUAUGAUCUGCUGUCCAACAUUGAGCACGGACAUUACCGCGAUGUCCGUGCUGAUGGUUACUGGAAGUCUUAUACUCACAUGUACGUGCGAAAGUACUAG